AGUUAAAACCGUUGGACACCAAACAAUCAGAGGGCAAAGUUGUUCCACCUGCAUUAUGCCGGCGAGCAAAACCGUCAAAUAUUCAUUUUAACUUCAAGUAACGAUAAUGUGGGUCGCCAGGCGAGUUUUGUCGUCGCUGGUCAAAAGAAGUCAGUAUGCGGGACAGUCCGGUUUGUUUUGCCGCCCUCAGUACGGCUCCUUCCCUGAGCUGGAGCUGCGGUACCUUCAGUGCACAUGCUGCUGGAGAAGCCGGGUUCCCGUGGCGAGCUUUGAGACCUUUAACGCUAAUCUGUCCUCCAGUAAUGAAUCCUGCAAGGACGACGCGAGCAGAACGCUGGACACCUGCUACACCCCAGAGCAGCGAGACGCUAUCCUCCAGCUCCUCAACACCGCCACGCCAGGAGAGCUGGCCGGGAUAAAGCUGCUGCGAGGUCGCAAGUCCCUCAACAUUGUGGAGUACAGGACUAAAAACGGACCCUUUAAAACUCUGGAAAGUGUGGUGAAUGUUCCACUGCUAAAGCACAAAAGUGCUGUCAUUGUCUUCAACUCCAUUCUCAACCCGACGGUUAAGAAGGAGAGGAAAGUGAGGAUACAGCUGGCCAAGUUCAUCAGGCCAGAGGUCGACAAGUCUUGGUUAGAGAAAUUCUCUCCUUUCCUUCACAGGGUUCUCAACAUGAUGAGGACUGCUGUAGGGCGCCACUUUGGACUGAUGGUGGGUGAGUCUCGAACAAGUGGGGCGCAGACAGUUCGACAGCUCAUGACAGAGUCGGUGACGCAGAAGCUUCCCAGAAUAAACUUUCCCCAGGAUCUGCUGGUGAAGUACAGGAAUUCCUUCCAGAUGGGCAGCAGAAGAGGAGGGGAGGAACUCUGUGAUGCUCUCCUUCAGGCUAUAGCCUUUUAUGAGCUGCUCAGCGACUGCUCCUGAGAGCCACUAGCUGGACUCGUCACAUGCUCCAACCACACAACCAACAAACCUCAGAAAUGGCAUUCUGAGUUCUUUUGAACUUUUUUUUUUUCUUUGAACUUUUUGGAGAUUAAUGAUAAGUUUGAAGAAUUAAAUAUUUUUAUUGUGACUUAAAACACUCAAAUGCUGUUUUCUGGGUACUGUUUGAGUAUAAGGGCUGCUCCUGUGUUUAUUUCUGCUACUAACCCUGACAGGGGCAGUGACGGCUGUUGUCCUAGCAUUUUGUGCAAAACCUGUUUGUGGAUAAAACACAAAGGAUGAAAAGUAUAAAAAUUUGUGUCGAAAACCCAUGUGAGUACUUGAGUAAUCAGUACUUUAAAUUCUUUUAAAAUGCUCAGUAUAAUUUACAAAAAAAGGCAAACUUUUUAUUUACUUAAUGGUUGCACUUACAUAUAAAUAAAAAAAACAUGAUUCCUCAAAUAAACCACGUUAAUUUCAUUUCACAGUAUCUGACUAAAAUAAAUACUGACAAGAGUAAGCUGA